AGAAUCAAGCGACAACAGCUCGCGAGAAGCAUUGAAAGUUUGCGUUUAUUUGUGCACUAGUGCUUCCAAUCACCACCCAAACUGCCACCCCAGCUACUGCCACUGCCAAAGUUUCCUUCAAGUCCAUUGCUUCCAAGUCCCCCACUGAAUGAUCCACUGCCAGAACUUCCGCCAUAGCGUCCGCUUCUAAAUAGACCUCCUCGAGAGCCACCUCCAAUGCCGCCGAAAAGUCCACUUCCUUGUCCUCCACUGAGUUCGUCCCCGUUGCUUUCGCUGUCGUCAUCUCUUCCAAAUCCACUGCUUCCAAGCCUGCCUCCAAACAAUCCACUGCCUGUACCAAGGCCGGAUCUCCUACUGCCGAACAAGCCACUUCCGGAGCCUCCAAAUAUUCUGCCACCAAAAAGGCCACUGCUUCCUCCACUAAGGCCACCCCCGCUACUUUCACUGUCGUCAUCUCCUCCAUAUCUACCUCCAAACAAUCUACCUCGGGAGCCACGACGGGACCUCAGACGGCCGAGUAUGCCCCUUCCAGAGCCUCCAAAUAAUCCAUUUCCACCAAAGAGUCCCCUUCGUCUUCCGCUAAGUCCCCUCGAGCUGUCUUCACUGUCAUCAUCUUCUGAACCGCUACUUCCAAGUCGACCUCCAAACAACCCACCUCGGGAGCCAAGACGGGACCUCAGACGGCCGAAUAAGCCAAUUCUGGAGCCUCCAAAUAAUCCAUUUCCACCAAAGAGUCCCCUUCGUCCUCUGCUAAGUCCACUCGAGCUGUUUUCACUGUCAUCAUUGUCCUCUGAUCCACUACUUCCUAGCCUUCCUCCAAACAAUCCCCUUCGGGAACCAAUGAGAGACCUGCGCCCGGACCAGCUACUUCCCAAUCCACUUCCACCGAAAAGUCCACUUCCUAAUCCUCCACCGAGUCCACCACUUCCGUAUCGACCACUGAAGCUGCCACCGAAACCACCAAGAGGUCCUCCCAAGUUAGAGCCCAAGGACAAGCUGCUACCCCAUCUUCCCAAUAGACCAUUGCCCAAGCCCCCAUACAAGCCUCGGCGUCCUCGACCUCGCAGGCGUCGCAGGAGACCCCUCACUCCUCUAUGGGGGCUACCUUGGCCAUACCCACCUCCCAAAGAGAUUGCCAGACUGCCCAAGCCUCCCGAGUUGCCGAGGCUACCCCAACCACUGGAGCUACCCAAUCCUCCUCCAAAUAGUCCUUCCCCUAGUCCACCAAUGGAACUUCGAAGGCCUAGUCCGAACCUGCGUCCCCUUGAACGGCCACCAAACAAACCGGCUAAGCGCCCUCCAGAGAAGCCUUGGCUGCCAUCUCCUCUCUGAUCCCAGUUACCUCCACCGAAGCCACUACCCCCAAGUGCGCCGCCGUAUCUACCUAGCGAACUUCCAUAUCCACCGCUGAAGCAGUUUCCGCUUUGGCAACGUCCACCGUAUCUGCUACUGUAGCCACCGCAGUAGCCAUUGCUACAUCGGCCGCCAAGGCCGCCACCAUAGCUACCACCUCUUCCAAAUGAUGUUCGUCCUCCUAAUAGUCCCGAAGAUCCGCCUCCAAAACUUCCUCCGGAGCCAAAGCUGCUGCCUCCGUAACCACU